GAGCUGAACGUCGGUCGUCGCUCUUCUACAUUACUCGUAUUUUGUUUCUCUCAUUCCACUUUGCGGAGGAAAGAGAGCGCGAGUGCGAGUGCGGAAAUUGCAUCAUUUCGAUAUUACGUAAGAUUUAAAAUCGCGUCAAGCAAAGAAUUUUCUGCGCAAAGGCUUUCUCAAGAACAUUACGCGUUGAAAAAGUGAAAAGCAGCUGGUAAUCGAUGAAAUUGAUGAAUUGUUAAAGUAUAAAAUGUGCCUUCGAAAAGAUUCGGCGAAGAGAAGUUGUGGGUGCAAGUGAAAAAUUUCCAUCUGAAGCAUUGCGUGUGCAAAAAUUAGUGAGUUUUACCUGCCAGAAUUGCAGCUGCGCAACAGCUGAUAGUGAUCCUUCGAUGAAACCAACUGGACAAGACUCCGGGAACACGGAGAACAAGAUAUCAGAACAUCAUUGGAUACCUAGUGACCGAGAAACAUAAAACUACACGCGCACGACCCUGGUGCGUGGAGAAAAAUUACGUGAAUGCGUGGGCGACCAGACGAACGGAAUAGAAGCCGAUGUUCAAGAUGGCUUUAACAACGCCUAGAAACAGGUCGCCCAUUAUACGCGACAAGGAGAAUAUUCCGGCUUACGAUAUUAAGUUAGAACGGGUACUGGGCGUAACUGUGUCCAGCAAUGCAGCUUUGGAUUGCGAUGCGACCAGCGAGCUGGUCGCUUAUCCAGCUGGUUGCACUGUCGUCUUGUUCAAUCCACGAAGGAACAGCCAGGCGCACGUGUUGAAUGCCUGUCGCAAAACCGUGACUUCUCUGGCGCUCGCCGGGGAUGGCAAGCUGUUGGCCACCGGCGAAUGCGGUCACAUGCCAAACGUCCGUGUCUGGGACAUCUCCGACCCGCACAAUGCCGUGCAGAUCGCGGAAUUUCCCGGGCACAAAUACGGCAUUAACUGUGUGGCUUUCUCGCCCAGCAAUAAAUACGUUGUAUCAGUCGGCUCGCAACAUGACAUGAUUGUCAACGUCUGGGACUGGAGGAAUAACGUUAAAGUGGCAUCCAACAAAGUCUCGAGCAAGGUGAAGGCUGUUUGCUUCGCGGAAAAUGGCAAUUAUUUCGUCACCGUGGGUAAUCGACAUGUCAAAUUUUGGUACCUGGAAUAUUCCCGCAGUGCCAAGUACAAGGAACCUGUGCCUUUAAUGGGCCGAUCUGCCAUAUUAGGCGAGCAAAGGAACAACGAUUUCGUUGAUGUGACCUGCGGCAGAGGAGAAAUGGCGGAUUCCACAUAUGCAAUCACCAAAACAGGCCUGUUAUGUGAAUUUAAUAACAGGAGACUUUUGGACAAAUGGGUUGAGCUCCGAACAACCAGUGCCAAUUGCAUGGCGGUCGGAGAUAAAUAUAUUUUUAUCGGAUGCGCAGAAGGAAUUGUAAGGUGUUUUAGUCCUAGUACGCUUCAAUUUAUCACUACACUACCGAGAACACAUUAUUUAGGGGUCGAUGUAGCGCAAGGAUUGUCUAUCAGUCAUAUGUCUCAACAUCCACCAAACGCGAGGUAUCCGGAUGCGAUUGCAUUGGCGUUUGAUGAGCGAAACAACAAGCUGACCUGCGUCUAUAAUGAUCACAGCAUCUAUGUUUGGGACGUAAGGGAUAUCAGACGAGUGGGCAAGUCGCACUCGUUUCUGUACCACUCGGCCUGCAUCUGGGGCGUUGAAAUGUAUCCGAUCAAUCCAGACUCCGUAGGUGCGAUGCCACCCGGCAGCUUCAUCACUUGUUCCAGCGACGACACAAUAAGAGUCUGGAAUCUGGAGAAAGAUAUCUUGCCGAACGACACGUUGUACAAACGAAACAUUUAUAGUAACGAAUUGCUCAAGGUAUUAUAUGUGGAUCCAGAAUUGACUUAUCUGAAAGAUCUGGACUUAGCUGCUGCAGGAUCCACUGAAAAAAACGAUGCGUCUUACGAUGGUCGUAACGGUGUAAGAUCGAUAAGAAUCGGACCUGAUGGCAAACAUCUCGCUUCAGGAGAUAGAUCCGGCAACAUCAGGAUUCAUGACAUUUCUUCGUUGGAAGAGUUGUGCUUAAUAGAAGCACAUGACGCUGAGGUGCUAUGCCUAGAAUAUUCGAGAUUCUCGCGGUACUCGGUAGACAUGCCCAGGCUUUUGGCGAGCGCAUCACGGGAUCGGCUAAUACACGUUUUUAGCGUGGAUCAGGGAUACAAUUUUCUGCAGACACUUGACGAUCACAGUUCUUCCAUUACUGCUGUGAGAUUUUUCAAUCAAUCAAAUCAGGGUAAUCAAAUACAGAUGGUAUCCUGUGGCGCUGACAAGAGUAUUAUUUUUAGACAGCUUCAAUCGACACCAGGUGGAAUGCCACAGUUCGCUAGAGGUCACAAUGCUCAAGGUAAAACUACUCUAUACGACAUGGAAGUUGAUUCUGGGCAGAAGCAUGUGUUAACCGCCUGUCAAGAUAGGAAUAUUAGAGUUUACAAUGUCACUACCGGUAAACAUAGCAAAACCUUUAAAGGUUCUGUUAGCGACGAUGGAUCUCUAAUCAAAGUCGUUCUAGAUGCCUCCGGUAUUUAUGUAGCUACUUCAUGCACAGACAAGACAUUGUGCGUGUACGAUUAUUACAGCGGCGAAUGCAUGGCCACUAUGGUCGGUCAUUCGGAAUUAGUGACGGGCUUACGUUUCAGUCCAGACUGUCGUCACCUUGUGUCCGCGAGCGGCGAUGGCUGCGUGUUCGUGUGGCGCGUUCCGCACGACAUGGUCGUGACCAUGCAAGCUCGUCUUGCUCAACAAGCAAUGCGCGCCGGCAAAAAACCGCCUCAAGUCAACGGUGACGGAAUCGACGUGCAAUUGGACAACGAAACUUUCGGAUCGCCUACACCUGAUUUCCUGGACCCUAACGCGAAUCCAACGCCUCAGGGUAUCGGUGUGGAUUACAGGUUUAGCGUGGGUCAAUUGCCGCUGUGGGCGAAGAAGCAGAUAAAUACCGCGACUACCGACGAUAGCGCAGCGCUUGGUUCAAACGCGAGAUCUCUUGGUGUCGACCUGCCCAAAGGCAGAUGGGCGCAAAGAGUUCAACAGGGCGACGGUAUCACCGUAAAAUCCGUCUAUGAUAGCGACGAAGUUAUACCGUUUCCGCCGUCACGUAGUACCAUUGAUUCGGAUGGCGGUGGUGGCGGUGGCGGCUCGAAAGACAGUUCUAUCGAUAGUGGCACCGAGACGAAAUGCAGCAGCGACUAUCGUCGAGAAAUGAUAAGCAAAAGAGAAGAGGAAGAAAGUGUAUUUCAACCUUGUCCAGAAAGUUAUAGAGAGAUAGAAAACGAAACAAAGCAGGUGAUUGAUAGUAAGGUGACAGUAAGAAGUAGCACGGACUUGACACGUCAAUCGAGGAGCCGUCAUCACACUGAUGAUAGCAGUCUUGGCAGCUUUAAAUUUGAGGAUCACGAGAGUACUGAACAUGAUGGAGAUGUUGAAGAUUAUUCUGAAGGAGAAAACGGAACCACCGGUUCUGAAAAGUCGCACCAUAGAUUGAUGUAUUAUCCUCCACCGGAAGAUAUUGUAUCUAAUCAGUUCACCGUUAAUGCGAUGGACGUUGAAGAACUUCGACGAUCGCAAAGGCGACAAAAAAGAUUGAAGAACGCGGAAAAUGGUCGAACGAGCGAAUUGACCGCGUCGGGUAGUCAGGAUGAGUCUGAUUCUGAAGGCGGCGCGUCGACUCCUAGCGCUGAGAGAAAUCCACUAUCCAUGUUAUCCGAGGCCAGUUCGGAAGGUUUUGAUCAACUCGCCAAGCAGAGUCACAGGGAGAAGUAUUUGAAAAAUGCCUUUGAAUCGCUCAGCGGAGCGGAGGAGCCUCCGAAUCGUGUAAAAGCGACAAGUAUCAGCUCCCAAUUUCAUGGAAGACUUAGCGGUGGUGAAAGUAAUGCCAGUGCCAAAAUACGUAAUGCAGCGGUAGUCAAUGCGACCAAACAUGCGAGAAGCGAUGCCGAUGUGAUGAAGAAACGAGAAGAGCUACAAAGGAGGAUAGAAGAAACUAGAAAAAAAUUGCAAAAUGUCGGCUACAAAUCGUCAUUGAAAUUCAGCCAGAGCAUAUCCGACUUGAGCAGCCACAUACCAGAGAAGCAUCAUCGUUCAAACAGACUCAGCACAGUUGGCAGUAGUGGGGGGCGAGUUUCGUCUAAAGUUAUUGACAGCGAAGAAGAAGGGGGUAUGAGACGCGCCUGUUCGCUGAGUGAUCUUUCCGUCAGCCCUCCAAAUAGGUUACUGCAUGGUCCUGUACAAGUUUCAGGAAAACUAGGUAGUAAAAAUACAAGCACAACUUUGAGAGCAGGUUCUGGAAAUGCCAAUUCCAGUAGUCAGUCUAGACAUACCUCAGGGAAAAAUCACUCAAGUCAUAUGACAAGAAGCAGUAGCGUUGGUGUCUUGAAUCAAAGUGAUUCAGAAUCGGACGCCGGUAUGACAGGAGGAAACAGUAGAGGAUGGAGUAGUCAAUCCGGUAAUAGAAUGAGCGGUUUAAUGAGGCCAACGAUCAGUUCCCAGAACAAAAUCAAUCUAAAUAAAUCGAGCUCUUCUGGCAGCAAUGUUUCAUCGAUUUUAAGGAGACGGGGAAUGCAAGGAGCUUUCUCAACCGUUAAUCUAAGUCAAGUAGGAAAUCAAGAAGAUUCGAGUUCAGAAGACACCUCUUCGAAUGGAAAUGGAGGAAAACCGGCGUUACCGCCAAGGCCUAGAAGUAUCAGUAUUGACUAUUCCUCUGCUAGUCUAAGUUUACCCGGUACGACGGUGAGAAGAUCCGGAUCAUCGACUGUCAUUACAAAUGGUCGGGGUGGUGCUGGACAAAACGGAAGCAGGAUGUCCGCGACGAAUAGAAAUCAGUUGGAACCUAGUCCUCAUGAGUUACCGGUUAAAGACACGGAUCGUUCUAUCGAUGUAACCAGUGCCGAGUUGUCGACCCAACUGUGCAACACAAUCACGGAUGAGCUCACGCGAACUGCGGAUAAUGUCGUGCAGCUAUACAAACGUUUGACGAUAGAUAAUGAUGAUGAUCCCUCUAAAGGAGCAAUUGACAGAGAUACAAUGCUACGAGGACUAGAAUCGUCUGUCAACGAGACCAUGCGAACUCUACGAUUGGUCGUCGCUGGCGGUGAAAGUCACAAUGACGGUAGCGGCGAGAGCGUUGUUACCAACGAGGCGACGGCCAAGUUUCAAGAGUUACUCGCUGGUCAGGAUCAGGGUAAAGUGGUCAACAUGAUGCAGCAGUAUUCCGAGCUGCUACUUACCAUGAUGCAACAGAGAAUAGGAGGGACUCAGCCAAGCCACACGUAAAAUCCGUCCAUCUGAGAAUCGAUAAGAGCAACAUGAUUGCUGUCGCAUUUAACGCAAUGGCAAAUAACAUAUUGCAGCCUCCUUUGAAACCGUAAUCUUAACAGUCCUCCAAACGGUCCUCUACAGUUUCAACAAAAGGAUUUGAAUGUGUCAAGGAAUAUAUACUCGCUGCGGAAACUCCGCACGCAUAUCAUAGCUGCGUAGAAAUUCUCUUUAGCCAAUGAUGGGUUGUAUCCACUUCUCCGCCAAUUAAAUCGCUCGUAAAUUUAAUGAGAUGAUAAAUAUUGCUUAACGCAAUUUGAUGCAAGGAUUAAUGCCAAUAUAAUUUCAGUAUGUUUUAUUUCUAAUACUAAAAAGACUCUUGCGUUAUUCGUAGAGAUGAAUUACGCUAUUCUAUAGCGAUGAAAUUCGCGAGCUCGAUGAAGCAAUACCAGUUUUAAUCCUUGUGCCUAAUAGCACAAAAUCCAUAGUCAUCGUUUUUAUGUCAUACGAUAGAUGAAAUGUGCAUUUUAUGUUAUUGUUUGAAACACUAUUAUAGAGUUACUGGAAUUGAUCUAUCCGUGGAAUUGGUGAACAACUUGGAUAAAUCGCGAUACAGUUUUGAAUAAAUACGAAGCACAUAACAUGAAUUAUUUCAUAAUUAAUCGUAAACAUAGAAUCGAUCGUAACGGACUUACCCAUUGUAUUUUAAGGCCAUACGCCAUGAAAUGCCAAUUAACUAAACACUAGUGAAAUGGUUUUCAAGUAAAGUCGACGUUGACGACAUCGACAUAUUAAGCGUCAAUAUAUUAUUGUAAUUUAAUAUUAAUAUUCUUGUUAUGUAACCAAAGGUUGUCUGUACCAAUGGUCUAAGAAACAAGUCCCUUCACGAUUCAAACUUUUACAAAAAAUUACAAUAAAAAGUAUGCAACAUAACUUGCCAGUAAAUAAAAGCAUCUAACUAUAGUCGUUGCAUUAAGUACGAAUAAAAUAGUUUUCUCGAGUCCAUCAACAAUAGAGAUUGCCAACAAGUCAUUUUAUAUUUCAUCACUGAAUUAUAUUUUAAUGGGAUUUGAUAUUUUCAAGUGUAAAUUAACUCAAAUUAUGUUGUUUUACUUAGGAUUAUUAGAUUUAUUGACUGUGCAAAUUGUACACUUUUAAUAGAAAAAAAAAAUGUUCGAAAUUUUUUUUUU